AACUCGCGGGCAAGCGUUUAAAAGAAUAAGAUUCAAACACUUAUAAGACCGAGAUCACAUCUCAGGUGCUUGCCCAAAUCAGUUCAUCUUCAGGCGUGCAACAGAACGUUCAUACUUUUUUUGGCAGAGAUUUCUCAGCCACGGAGUGAUACAAAUACUUUGUAUUUUGUAUAAGGUAUUGGUAUAGAUACUCUCUCAUGCUCUUAGUUUAAGUAUGGAAGAAGCCAGUUUUAUUUCGAACGACGAAUUAAAUUCGGGCUCGGAAUUCCAGAAAUUACAAUCAGUAAUGGAGGCCAAAGGAAAAAAACCGCGGUCCGGUAGGAAAUCCUCCAGCAAAGCUAACGAGAAAAUGGAACAAUUAGAAAACAGAGUCAACGAAAGGUUAGACACUAUGAUGAAUUUUCUAAGAGAAAGUAUUGAAACUUUGUCCAGCAGUGUUUUAGAGAAUACAGCUUCUCAUAAUGUGCACGAGACAAACGUGUCUCACAAUUCGUUAGCGGAUCAGGAUACCGGUGGUUUAUCCACGCGGAGACCUGAGCCCAUGGUAUCAAAUGUAGACGAUUCAUCUGGAAUGCGUCCGAUUAUACCUUUGGAAAGUGAAGUCCAAAUUGAAGGGACAUUAAGUGUGCCUGAAAUGGACGAUAUGAUAUCAUUAGCUCCAAGUGUCAGAGAAGUACGUGAGCUAUUGGGUGAUAACGAAUCCUCAGUACAAGAGGAAUCUAUUACUGCCCAUGAUUUUGAUAACAAUCAACAUAAGUUGGACAGCAACAACAACAAUAGAUUUCAGAACUUGAUCAAUAAAAGUGAUGAGCAUACAAAAACUCUUACUGAUAUUUUUGGCAAUGUUUCUUCUUCAGAGGAAGAAAAAACUGGAUUAGUUUUAGACAAAACACAAGAGGAGAUCUUGAAAAAGUCAUGGAGAAUUACUGAUCCUGAACGCUUGUCUGCUUACAGAGAUGAAUAUAGACAAUGUUUCCCUGUUCAUCCAAACUCGGCAGCAUUUCUUCAAGUUCCAGGGCUAGAUGACAUUUUAGAACCAAUGUUAAGAAAAAAACAUGGAAAUAAAACCAAAGGUUGGGGGAAAAGUAAACAUUUAAUUUCCCAGCCGUACAAAAGUAUUGAAACUUUGGCAUAUCAGGGACAGAUGGCUGCCCGUAUGGGUAUUAUUUCAUUAAGCUACAUGCAGCAAGCUUUAGGAACGUUGUUAGAUUCUAUAACUUGUCAAGAUGCGGACACAGUUCAAGCAAUUAAAGACAUUUUCUCCAUGUCUACCAAGGCACUAGAUCAAAUGGGGAGAGCAGGGGCUUUUCACCAUCUUAUAAGAAGGAAAACUGCAGCACAAGACUCUGGAUUAUAUACCUUGAAGGAUAUUCAUAGCAAAAUUAUUUGCCUGCCUCUUUCAGAAGAUGGCGUCUUUGGCAAGAAAUUAGAAGAGAAACUAAAAGAAAGGAAAGAGCAGAAAGAUUCUCUUAAGGAUUUAAUUCCGGAAUGGAAUGAAAAAAAUCAAAAACGCAAAUUUUCAGAAAAUUCUGCUGAAAACUCUGGAAAUUUUAAAAAACCCAGAACUACUACUGUUUUGAAUAACAGUUACAGAACAUCUACUCAGAGACCCAAUUUCUCAAGACGGUCUUAUGACUACAAACCAAGAGAGGACAAUUCGAGAAAUACGUCUACAUCUGCUACAGGAGACAGAAUUGGUUCCUUUCGGAUCCCAAAGAAAUCUAAUAAAUGACUGCAGAUUAGAACAGGAGAUGCAGUGAUCUACAAUCUCUCAGACUGGGGGAAGGCUUUGUCAAUGUUCAGAAAAAAGGAGUAACUUUCAUCAGAGAAGGUUUGGCGAAGCAAGAUAGACCCAACCAUUUUGGAGCAAAAAUAUUUGUUCCC